AUGGCUGGUAUCUUUCGCAGCAUCUAUGACUGGCUUCUGAGGAUGUUCUGGGCAACCGAAAUGGAUGUCACCAUGAUCGGCCUGCAAAAUGCAGGAAAGUCCUCCUUACUGCGUGUCUUAGCAGGUGGGGAAUUCACUAUCGACUCCAUCCCGACUAUCGGGUUCAACACCAAACGAGUCCAAAAGGGCCAUGUGACUUUAAAAUGCUGGGAUCUGGGCGGCCAACCUCGCUUUCGCCCCAUGUGGGAGCGAUAUUGUCGGGGCGUCAACGCCAUCGUAUAUAUUGUAGAUGCCGCCGAUCAAGGCGCUCUACCCGCCGCCACGGAGGAGUUGCAUGAGUUGAUAAACAAGCCCACCCUGGACGGGAUCCCACUGCUCGUAUUGGGUAAUAAGUCCGAUUUGCCGGUCAAGUUGUCUGUUGAUGAGUUGAUCGAUGCGAUGGACCUUAAGUCCAUUACGCACCGCGAAGUCAGCUGUUACGGGAUCAGCGCGAAAGAAGAGACUAACCUUGACGCGGUGCUGCACUGGCUGAUUGCACGGGCGAGUCGAUGA